AUGGCUUCAAAAACAUUGUCGCCAGGCGCUGCGCUGCUGCGCACCUCUCGCCUUUUCUCCUUACCAGUCAAGCCGGUUCCACAAGCACCAAGCGACGUCUCAGAUGUUCAAACCCAGAACUCUGACAGAGCCACCAAGCCGUUCCCAACCUUCCCGGCCAUCCGGAGUCCCCGAUCGUCGCGCAAACGGGGUGAUUGGGGCCUGAAGCGGCGCAUGCCGGACUUGGCCAUAAAGUUUCGUUCAAUUCGCGUCUACGAGCACGACACUAUCGAGGGCAUCACCGACUAUGCCCACGCCCACGACCACACCACCACGCUCCGCAAAUGGCAGAGUCUCAACAUGCCUCUGACCUCCCAAACAGACGCUGAGCAGAGACAGCACAUUGCCGGCAAGUCUGUUUUCGACGAGGACGCCGAUGUCAUCGCCAUCGACCCGUCCAAGCGCCACACCCCCGAGGACAAGCGCUGGAAGUUCGAGGGCCCGUGGUUAGCCGGCAUCACCGAAGGUGAUUUCCAGACCUACCUCAAGAAGAAGGUCCGCACGCGCCGCCCCGAGUUCCGCGAGUUUCUGCGCACCCAGCUGGCUGCCGACAAGAACGCCACAGCCGCUGCCGACGCCAUGGACCGUGGCGGCGCUGAUGCGGCCCAGACUCUCACCGCCGCCGACAUCACCGACGAGCAGCUGACCGAAUACCUGCGCGUGCUGCGCCACGACCGCCCACUGCUCUACCGCCUGGUGGGCAAAUUCUUGGACCUAGCACCGGUCGAGCCCACGGACAAGAUUUACCAGAACCUGGCUCGCUCCACAGCGAGCCUGAGCGGCGGCUUCCUUUCGCCACUGACCGGUCUCGGCGACCUGGCCAGCAGCGCGUCGUCGUCCACGCCCUCGCCCACGAACGGUCCCGCGGGCAACCCAUGGGCUCGGGACGGCCCUCCCAUGUCGCACCCCUCGGCGGGCCUGACCUACCUGCGCACCGCCGCCUUCCUCGACAACCACCCAGUCUACGGCCCGCAAAAGUUCCACCCGCCGGUGCAGUCUCGCGUUAUCCAGCCGCGCACCUCCUCCAACAACCGGACCGCCAAGCUGGGUGUUGCUGGUAUCGUGGCCUCCAGUCCCUUCAGCGAGGCCGCCUACUCCAACACCCGCCACAACCCCACAUACAGCAGCAACCGCGCCAUCCCCGGCCUGAGCGUCAUCGACCCGUCCGUCUACGGCGGCUUCAAGAUCCCCGUUCAUGUGGCCGCCGCCAAGGUCAACUCCCAGGGCCGUAUCAUGGUCCAGCUUGCCGAGGCAGACCCCGAGGCGACGCUUGUCCGGGACGAGCUCGAGGGCAAGGAGAUCAUCUAUGGGCAGCCCUCGCGUCUGGAGUCUACACGUGCCGACUCCCAGCCACGGUCUGUGUCCGGCCGCUUUAUCCUGGGCCGCCCCGUUCGCCCGAUGGGUCUGAAAAAUGCCGACUCUGCCAUCAGCAGCGCCGAGAGCUACGGUCUGAGCUAG